UGCCGGGCGCCGCUGACCUGUUGUGACCUCUGGCGCGCCGACCUGUCGGCCGCCCGCCGGCCGACGACGCCAGCCAUCACUAUGCCGAACCGGAAGGGCCUGCUGGCCCCGCAGAACACGUUCCUCGACACGAUCGCCACGCGGUUCGACGGCACCCACAGCAACUUCGUGCUGGGCAAUGCCAAGGUGUCGUCGACGUUCCCGAUCGUGUACUGUUCGGACGGCUUCUGCGAGCUGACGGGGCACGCUCGCGCCCAGAUCAUGCAGAAGGGGUGUGCGUGUCGCUUCCUGUACGGCCCGGACACGGCCGAGGAACACCGCCAGCAGAUCGAGCUGUCGCUCGAGAGCAAGACUGAGCUGAAGCUCGAGGUCAUGUUCUACAGGAAAAACGGCUCGCCCUUCUGGUGCCUGCUGGACAUCGUGCCGAUCAAGAACGAGAAGCGGGAGGUGGUGCUCUUCCUGGCGUCGCACAAGGACAUCACGCCGACCAAGGUGGCGCAGAUGUCCUCCUUGCCGUAUGAGGAACCCGAGGAGGAGCGGUUGUGCGGCGACGGAGAGCACGAUCCGAACGGUAACGAGCUGGACGUGGAGGCUCCGCCGAUCAACUACCAGCGGCGUCGGUCCCGCGCCGUGCUCUACCAGCUGUCCGGACACUACACGCAGGAGAGGAAGUCCAAGAUCAAGCUCAAUAACUCACUGCUGCAGCCGGGGUCUACAGCACCCUUGCCCGAGUACAAAACUGUGUCAGCCAAACGAUCGAAGUUCGUCCUCUCUCAUUAUGGAAUUUUUAAGUCCUGCUGGGACUGGCUGAUCCUCGUCGCCACGUUCUACGUGGCCGUGGUUGUGCCGUACAACGCCAGCUUCGUCAUGGAUCGUGACAGGCCGUCGGUGGUCAGCGAUGUCGUGGUGGAAGCGCUGUUCCUCAUUGACAUCGUCCUCAACUUCCGCACAACGUACGUGAACAAGAAAGGUGAGGUGGUCUCCAACCCGCGCUACAUCGCCACCAACUACCUAAAGGGCUGGUUCAUCGUGGAUCUGCUGGCGGCGCUGCCGUUCGACCUGCUGUUCGCGGCGGACGUCUACAGCUCGCUCCGACGGGUUCUUAACUUGAAAGACGAGGAGACUCCGAUCCACCUGCUGAAGCUGACGCGCUUGCUACGGCUGGUGCGACUCCUGCAGAAGAUCGACCGCUACACCCAGUACAGCAGCAUGAUACUGACACUGCUACUCGUGCUGUUCUCGCUGGCUGCCCAUUGGCUGGCCUGCGUGUGGUACGUGCUGGCCGACCGGGAGCGCCAGCAGCACUCCGCCGACUGGGACAUUGGCUGGAUACCACAACUGGCAGAGCGGCUACACCUGUCCGUGGACAACGUCACGUCCGAGAUGUCCUACAUCACGGCCCUUUACUUCACCUGCACCAGCCUCACCAGCGUGGGCUUCGGAAACGUGUCCGCCAACACCAACAGCGAGAAAAUCUUCAGCGUGGUCGUAAUGCUGGUUGGAGCCCUGAUGCACGCUGCAGUGUUCGGAAACGUCACGGCCAUAGUUCAAAGGAUGUAUGCAAAGCGCUCCUUGUAUGAUUCCAAGUGGAACGAUCUGAAAGACUUUCUCACACUGUAUCAGGUACCCAAGGAACUAAAGCAAAGAAUACAGGACUACUUUCAAACAAUGUGGUCUCUAAAUCAUGGAAUAGAAAUGGGUGAGAUUCUGCGCGACUUUCCGGAGGAGCUGCGCGGGGACGUCUCGAUGCACAUCCACCGGGAGCUGCUGCAGCUGCCCAUCUUCGCGACGGCCUCCACCGGCUGCCAGAAGCUGCUCUCGCUGCACGUCAAGGACAGCUUCUGCGCGCCCGGCGAGUACCUGGUGCACUGUGGCGACGCCCUCCACUACAUCUACUACCUCUGCAACGGCAGCAUGGAAGUCGUGCAGACCGACAUGGUGGUCGCUAUUCUAGGUAAGUGA